AUGGCUUCCCCCAGCCAGAACACUACACAAACACCGGAUCACCUAGUGAAUCCGACAAAUCCGCUCUACCUGCAUCCUGGAGAGAAUCCAACAUUGGCACUUGUUUCGCCUCUUCUCACGGAGAGCAAUUUUCACCAAUGGGAGAGAGACAUGGUAGUUUCCCUUGAAACCAAAAACAAGGAGAAGUUCAUUGAUGGUAAUCUUUCUUGUCCACCUAUUACAGAUCCACUACACGAGGCUUGGCGUAGAUCCAAUCGGAUGGUGAUGUCAUGGCUCACUCAUUCCAUGACUCGUUCAAUCAAGCAAUCGGUGAUGUGGAUGGAUACGACAUCGGAGAAUUGGAGGGAUCUCAAGGAUCGCUUCUCUCAUGCUGACAAAUUCUGGAUUUUUGAUCUUCAGGAUCAGAUUCUUGCUUGUCGUCAAGGUGACUUCAGUGUUUUUGAAUACUAUACGAAACUAAAAAUCCUGUGGAAAGAAUUGGAGCUCUAUCGGUGUGUUCUGACUUGCACCUGUUUGACACCUUGCAAAUGUGGUCUUCUCUCUAAACUUCACAAAGAAAGAGAGGAUGAUUACCUGAUUAGAUUUCUCCGCGAACUUAAUGAGAGCUAUGCACAAGUUCGUUCUCAGAUCAUGAUGCUGGAUCCAAUGCCUUCGAUUGUCAAGACUUUUUCUAUGGUUCUUCAGCAUGAAUGUGAAUUCAUUGGCCUCAUUCGGAAACAUUCUGUUCUAGAUUCUUUGGCUUUUGCUGCUAUGUCCCCUAAUCAACCCAGAUUCAACUCCUCUGACAAGACCAAUUCCAAUGCAAGCAAGAACAAUUCCAAGAACAAAUUCUGUGAGAAAUGCAAGAAAACCAAUCACACCAUUGAGACUUUCUACUUUCGUAUCGGUUUUCCUGCUGGUUAUAGAAAGAAUAAAACCAACAACAAAGCUUCUGCCAAGUGGAUUCAGCUGCCUCUCUUUCGCAACUGGAUUUGGAUGGCAAUCCUACCAAUGACCAAUUCACUUUCUCUAAAGACCAGUACAUCUUAUGCCUCUAAUCAUUGGAUCGUUGACAGUGGUGCCACUGACCACAUUUCUCCAACCAAAUCUUUAUUUCACAACCUUCGCGCCACAAAACCAAUACCCAUUAAACUGCCUAAUCACACUACUUUCAUUGCUAAUUUUUCAAGAAAUAUUCAUAUAAGUGACUUAUUACUUGCUGAUGUCCUGUUUGUACCUGAAUUUUCUGUUACUCUCAUAUCUGUUCACAAGCUUGUUUCCACUAUUGAUUGUAUGGCAGUGUUUUGUGAUUCUCACUGUUUCUUUUUCCAGAAAUCUCAUUUCAAGAUGAUUGGAGCAGCUAGGAAGAUUGAUGGCUUUUACUGUCUUUGA